UUUCUUUCAAAAACAAAAUUUAGAACAGACUUCUUUUUUCGGGCUAUAUAAAAAAAAUUUUCUAAAAAAAAAUAAAACACCAAAAUUUUUAGUUUGAAAGUUUCAGUAAGGCCCCAAAAAAUGAAAAACUGAAGGAAAAAAAAACAAGACAGAAAUCCAGAAUCAGACAGACAAAGGAAAAGUCGUAAAAAAACACCGGCCUAUUUUUCAAAGAUUUUCCGGGAUGAGGGAGAGGAUCGAGACGGGUGCGUUUUUCGAGGCGGCCAAGGCUCUGAGGCCUUUCUGCAAGGAUAAGAAGGAGGACGAGAAGGGGCCCGUGUUCAAGUACAUUGACAUGAUAUUCGUCGUCGUCCUCGAGAUGGUGAGGCAGCUGGCGAUGAAGACGAAAAAACUGCACAGGCGCCUCCUCACCUACAACGACGGUACGCUCAACGUGAAAACGUCCGACGGAAGGGAGAUCCCGGCUAUCAAGUAUCUCGAGGAGCAGAUACAGAUCGAAAAUCUCAAGAAGGACUUGGACAAAGCUUUCACGAAGCUCAAGAUGGACGUGCAGAGCAAACUAGACGAGGUGGACGACUGCGCGACGUACAUCGAGGAGAGCGUGAGGGACGAGGAUGAAGACGAGGAAGAGGACGAGGAGGAGAACGAGGAGAACGUCUGCUCCGAGUUCAGCGAGAACGACACCAAAUCGAUGGCGUCCACGUCGCCUGGGUCGUUCCACGUCGACCAGAAGAAGACGUUCGGCCGCCGGAAGACAAGGGACAUCGCCGUUGAGAACAUGCGACUCGCUGAGAGGCUCGCGAAGAUGAGGGGGCAGUCGAAACCGAAGCCAAUCUUCCCUAGGACGGUCGUCGCCAGUUCGGCCAUCAACAGGAAAAAGAUGCAGUGGGAAAUCGAGAGGAAGAACGCUAUUCUAGCAAGGAGAAUCGCAGAUGCAAAGUCAUGCCUGACGUACAAGGAUUCUUAAUUGUCCCGGGGAUAUAAGAGGUUUACUUACAGUUGAAAGUCGAAAAAUAAAAUUUUCGUUGAUUUAACAAACAAAAA